GGUUCCUGUGCGCCGCCGCCCUGUCGAGCCUGCCGGUGCCGCGAGCAUCGACUCAUCCCGUUCCAAAUCGACCCAAACCCAUUGCAGACCAACACACAAUAUGGCAAGUGCGGUGCCGCGCGCCCUGCGCAUGUCCCACGCGCAAUUCAUCGAGCACCUUCGCUGCGCGGCCUCGUCCGACCGCACCCCUCGCACCGGCGAGGCUCUUCACGGCUGGGCGCUCAAGUCCGGCGCAGCCUCCCACGCGCCUGUCUCCAACUCUCUCAUCACCUUCUACUGUUCCCUCCCGCGGCCUCUACUCGGCGCAGCCUACGUCGUCUUCGCCGACAUCCCCGCCGCCUUGCGCGACGUCGCCUCGUGGAACUCCCUCCUCAACCCGCUCUCCCGCCACCACCCCGUCUCCGCGCUCUCCCAUUUCCGCUCCAUGAUGUCCUCCCCCGAGGCCGUUCUCCCCUCGCCGCACUCCUUCGCUGCCGCGUUCACUGCCGCCGCCCGUGUGCCCUCUGCGUCCGCUGGCGCCGUCACGCACGCGCUCGCGUGCAAGCUGCCAUCCUCCUGCGGCUCCAAUAAUGUCUUCGUCUCGACCGCCCUUCUAAACAUGUACUGCAAGCUGGGAGCUGUUUCUGAUGCCAAGAGAGUGUUUGAUGGAAUGCUACAUCGCAAUGCAGUGUCCUGGGCUGCCAUGGUGUCAGGUUAUGCCACUGGGAAGUGUUCUGAGGAGGCCUUUGAGCUCUUCCGGCUGAUGCUUCAGAAGUGCCCAUUGGAGAAAAAUGAGUUUGUAACCACAGCAGUUCUUAGCGCAGUUAGCGUGCCACUGGGUUUGCUUAUGGGGACGCAGUUGCAUGGGCUGGUAUUAAAGGAUGGUUUGGUGGGAUUUGUGUCUGUUGAGAAUUCGCUUGUCACAAUGUAUGCAAAGGCUGAGUGUAUGGAUGCAGCAAUGAGGGUGUUUGGGUCAUCUAAGGAGAGGAACUCCAUCACAUGGUCAGCAAUGAUCACAGGGUAUGCUCAGAAUGGAGAAGCCAAUUGUGCAGCUAGGAUGUUCCUACAGAUGCAUUCGUCAGGAUUUACGCCAACUGAAUUCACCUUUGUUGGGGUACUGAACGCAUGCAGUGACAUGGGCGCAUUAGUGGUUGGGAAGCAGACACAUUGUUUGAUGGUGAAGCUUGGGUUUGAAACGCAGGUUUAUGUGAAGAGUGCACUGGUGGACAUGUAUGCCAAGUGUGGUUGUAUUGGUGAUGCAAAAGAUGGGUUUCAUCAAUUAUAUGAUGUUGAUGAUGUUGUCCUUUGGACAGCAAUGAUUACCGGACAUGUGCAGAAUGGGGAGCAUGAGGAAGCCCUGAUGUUGUAUUCCAGGAUGGACAAACAGGGCAUUAUACCCAGUUAUUUAACUGUAACUAGUGUACUUAGAGCCUGUGCAUGCCUUGCAGCACUGGACCUUGGGAAGCAAUUGCAUGCACAAAUAUUGAAGUGUAGAUUUAGCUUGGGGGGUUCUGUUGGAACAGCUCUGUCCACUAUGUAUUCGAAGUGUGGAAACCUUGAAGAUAGCAUGGUUGUCUUCAGAAGGAUGCCUGAUAGGGAUGUUAUUUCAUGGAACUCAAUUAUUUCUGUUUUUUCACAACAUGGGCGUGGAAGUGAUGCACUUGACAUGUUUGAGGAGAUGAAGCUAGAGGGAACGGCACCAGAUCAUAUAACAUUCAUUAAUUUGCUAUCUGCUUGUAGCCACAUGGGCUUAGUUGACAGAGGCUGGUUUUAUUUUAGGGCAAUGACCAAAGACUAUAAUUUAAUUCCUACACUUGAUCACUAUGCUUGCAUGGUUGAUAUUCUUAGCCGUGCAGGCCAGUUAAAAGAAGCAAAGGACUUCAUAGAUUCGAUAACUAUUGACCAUGGUACAUGCCUAUGGCGUAUAGUCCUAGGGGCAUGUCGCAGUUUACGUGAUUUUGAUGUUGGAGCAUAUGCAGGUGAGCAGCUGAUGGAGUUAGGUACUGAGGACUCAUCUGCUUAUAUACUGUUAUCAAACAUCUAUGCUGCCCAGCGGAAGUGGAAUGAUGUUGAGCGGGUGAGACAUUUGAUGAGACUCCGAGGUGUUAGCAAAGAUCUGGGGUGUAGCUGGGUUGAGCUCUACAACCGAGUUCAUGUGUUUGUUGUUGGGGAACAACAACAUCCUGAAGCGGAAAAUAUAAAUGUAGAGUUGAUAAGGCUAGCGAAGCAUAUGAAGGACGAAGAGUGUUUCCUGUUUGAUGACGAAAAGGAUGAACUAGGAGAUUCUCAUGAAGGUGAACAAAUGGAAUUGAUAUCAACAACAUAUUACUGAGUUCGCAAGAGAUUGAUCCCAUGAUGUCAGACAAACACCCUGUUAAAGCAAUGUGUGACAUCCGUGAUUUGGGGUUAUUUUAUGUUGUAUUUUCUUUUCCUGACAAAUCCAACCCUCCUGUUUUUGACAAGUGUGAUUGGCACUGUGUUUCACAUAUUGAAGCAGCUUGGGAUCUUGCAUAUUCUAUUGCAUCUGUGUGUUCGGCGAUGGUUCUGAUCCCAAGUCACAGAUCCAUUGGUAAGCCAUCUACAGAAAAUGUGCUAACCGUGCUGGCAAGAGGAAGGAGUUCUACACAAAAUUAGAGGAGAAACAUAAAGCUUUGGAAGCAAAGAAGGACAAGGCUGAUGCCAGGAAAAAGGAGUUGCAUUCAUGAAACAUUUGAUCCAUCUACAUGCAUAUCAACCGCCAGAUGAGACGCAACAUGUUCUAAAGAUUGAGGCUCAUUCUGGUGGCCUAAAUGAUAUAGCAGUCUCUCGACCAAAUAAGCAACCUUUUGAUGUCACCUGGGAGAUGAUAAACUGAUUAAGAAAUUAUUUACACUCGAAGGACACAAGGUGACUGUGUAUUCUAUAUCCCAGUGUAAUCUUUAUUCUAAACAAGAUCGAUGUUAUUACAAUGAAUCAGAAUUGCUGAAUCAAGAGUUUGUAUAACCUAUAAACUUUUAUGAAUUGCUGAUUUUUUUUUCUGAGUUU